AAUGAAUUAUAUGGUGGUGGUGGUGGGUGAUGUAAAUUUAAACAGCAGAGAGAUAUGCGAGGCCCUCCAUCCAGUAAAAACUAAUUUAUAAAGCACUCAUUUAAAUUUAAUAAAUUGUAGCGUUAAAAACGAGUCGAAUCGGUGUCUUGAACUGGGUGUAUCGUGAGCGUGGGCGUCGGGAAAGCGAAGAGAAAGGGGAGAAAAGAACGGUGUUGGAAAAAGAUUUACAAGUUCACUUCACAACACAAUUCUCAAAAUAAAAUAACAGUGAAUGAAGUCAAAUUGAGUGUCAAGACAAUUAACCAACCAACACUAGAUCACUUCCGGUUGAUGAAGGAGAAACGUAUUCUGAAUCAUUGAGCGGCAAUAUCAUUGGGUUUUAAUGUUCCUGAAUCUAGUCUAAUCCAGCAACGACGACGUAACGGCAGGGAACGUGAGUGAAGUGGGUGAGGAGGAGGUGAUUCCACCUGAAAAAUCCGAUAUGACGGAUACUACUUUGAGCAGUAGUGUAACAGUGUCUGACACUGUUGUGACAGAUAAUACACGACGCCGAGUCAAACUUUACGCCCUUAAUGCGGAGAGACAAUGGGACGACAGAGGGACUGGGCAUGUGUCCUCUUCCUAUGUUGAUCGCCUCAAAGGAAUGUCCUUACUAGUCAGAGCCGAAUCGGAUGCUGCUCUUUCAGGCUCCUUGCUUCUGGAAUCCAAAAUCCAACCGGAUACAGCGUAUCAAAAACAACAAGAUACAUUAAUUGUGUGGUCUGAAGGUGACAAUUUCGACUUGGCAUUAAGUUUUCAAGAAAAAGCUGGGUGUGACGAAAUCUGGGAAAAAAUCUGUCAAGUGCAAGGGAAGGAUCCGUCAGUUGAUAUUACUCAGGACGUUGUAGAAGAAUCGGAAGAUGAAAGAUUUGAAGAUGUGUCAGAUCCGGCUCCUCCAAUCGAGCUACCCACUCCAGAUAUAUCUCGUCUCGAAGAACUUCACGACCUUAUUAUCAGUUGUUUAGCAGUGCCUUUGAGGAGGGAAAAGCUGUCACUGGCGUUGGAACAAGAAGGAUUUCUCAAAAAAGUUCUUGAAAGUUUUCGUUUGGCGGAACAAAAUAACGACACCAAUGCUCUUCAACAACUAUACCAUAUUUUUAGAAAUAUAUUUCUACUCAAUAAAAAUGCCAUUUUUGAAAUUCUCUUCGCAGAGGAGUUAAUAUUCGAUGUCGUUGGGUGUCUGGAAUACGAACCUAAUCACCCGUGUCCUAAAAAACAUCGAGAAUAUCUCAAAAGAAUUGCAAACUUCCGUCAAGUUAUUUCCAUUGGAAAUGCUGAGCUUGUUUCCAAAAUUCAUCAAACCUACCGAGUGCAAUAUAUCCACGAUGCGGUUCUACCAGCCCCGAAUGCAUUUGAAGAAAAUAUGCUUUCAACUUUGUCAUCAUUUAUAUUUUUCAACAAAGUAGAAAUAGUUACCUUAAUACAAGAAGAUGAAAAGGUACUGAAAGACUUGUUCACGGGCCUCACUGAUGAAUCCACCCCUGAUGACAAAAGAAGAGAUCUCAUUCUGUUCUUAAAAGAGCUGUGUGCCUUCGCCCAGAAUUUACAACCUCAAGCUCGCGAAUCAUUCUACAAGACUCUCACAAAUCAAGGAGUUCUUCCGGCAUUAGAAUUGGCCUUACCGCUACAUAAUUCUGCUGCGAAAGCUGCUUGUAUAGACGUCUUGAAUGCAGUGGUAGAAUUUUCCCCUACCAUCGUUCGAGAAUAUUGUUUGCACCAAGCGGCGGACGCUGAUGAUGAUCAGCUACUACUUAAUGUCAUCAUUGAAGAAUUAAUCAACGACAAAGACCCAGAAUUAGGGGGUGCAGUACAGUUGAGCGGGGUGUUGAGAUUGCUUAUAGAUCCUGAAAAUAUGAUGGCAGCGCUAAAUAAAUCCGAAAAGGCCGACUUUUUGAACUUAUUUUACAAGCAGUCUAUGAAUUUACUCAUUGAACCGUUGAUGACCAACACAAUUGGGGAGAAACCAGAUAAAGAAGAUAUACAAAACGCCCAGCUCAUGUGGUUGUUGUUAGAACUUUUAAGCUUUUGUGUUGAACAUCAUAGCUAUCACAUUAAAAGCUACAUCAUCAACAAAGAUUUGGUCCGGAAAGUUUUGGUUUUGAUGAGCUCAAAGCACACAUUUUUGGUUUUGGGAGCCCUCAGACUUUUACGAAAAGUUUUGUCUCUAAAGGAUGACUUGUAUAAUCGCUAUAUCAUCAAGGGAAACCUCUUCAAGCCAGUAAUUGAUGCUUUGAUUAGAAAUAAAGGCCGGUACAACCUCUUAGAUUCCGCCAUUGUCGAAAUGUUCGAGUUUAUCAGAGCGGAGGAUAUCAAGUUGCUGGUUUCUCACAUUGUUGAAAAUUACAGCCAACUACUGGAUCAAAUAAAUUAUGUUCAAACAUUUAGGGCUCUGAAAUUAAGAUACGAGCAAAAUCAAGAUAGAUCAAAAGAAAGAGUUGGAGGUAUUGACAGCGUUCCUGCCCUUCUUCGUAAUAACAGGUAUCGGAGAGAUCCUCGCCAGUUGGAAGAAGAGGAGGAAAUGUGGUUCAACGACGAUGACGAUAUGGAAGAUGGAGACGGCGUUGUUCCUGCAAGUAAUUCGCCAGAAGUACUUGGACGAACCAAAGCUGACGCAGACUCUCAAUUAGAAUCAAUCGGAAAACUUUUAGACAAGAAGGUAGAUUCUCUUGGAUCUGGAAUGAGGAACAUUGGAAAUUCGCUCAGCCCAAGGUCAUCACCAAUAACAGUAUCGUCACCCAACAGCACCUCGCCUAACGCGAUGCCCCUUUCCACAUCUCUGACAUCCACGAGUAGUGACACGAAACCAGGCCUUGCGAAAAAGUCUGUAUUUCAACAAAUCUUUGCAACCCUGCAAGAGUCUGUCACGCAGAUCGGUCUUGUGGAUUAUGAAGGAGACUCGGAUGAAGAAGAAACUGAAGAACACGAUGAAUCGCCAACGCCUGCUGAAGAAGAUCAUGAAAAACUGGAACCUGUAGCAAAACGACCUCGCCUAACGUAAUGAAUGUUUUUGUAAUGUAAAGAAUUAUAGAAUAGUUAAGUUACUUCGAGGAGACACAUCGCAGGUAUCGUUAUUUGUUGUUGUGAAUGCAUAUAAUUUCAAAAUUUUGUUAUCAAUGUGGCGAGAAGGUUAUAUUUUUUACUGUCAAUAAGUUGGUGCAAUCGUACAAAUCAGUAGUGGGCUUUCCCGUAUAUUUAGUGCUUAAUUCGUUCGAAAUAUUUCAUUGACUCUACUCAAUGAACCUGCUUUAAACGUAUAUGCACAUAUGUAUAUAUGUGUAAAUUCGGAAUUAUUCGGAAUGUCGGUAUUACAUAUAUGUUUCUGUUAAAUCAUGAAAAGUUUGAAAAAUUUAUUCAUCACGUUAAUUUAUUUGCGUAUCCAAAUUGUAUCUCUUCUCCAAGAUUUUAAUUAUCAAGUAAAUUACCACGGUCUCGACCAAAUAAUAUAUAUUAACCUUGCUAUCUUGUUUUGCACGCAGUUGUUUGUUGGUUUUGAGGGAGCGGAUAAAUAUCUGGAAAAAAUCGAGUCAUGACUUAUUUUCAGUACACUUUUGCUAUUGGCGCAUAUUCAUAACUUUUCAAAAGCAUGAUUCUCAGAAUAAAUUACAAGUUAAUGUAACCACACAACUUUUAAAAGUGUAAAUAAUAAAUAUCUUUUGUUGUCACUUAUUACCUUUUUGUUUGCGGAGAACGUUGACUUUGGCUGUGUAGUUUUGUUUAAAAGUGCCCUGGAUAUGUGAGUGGGUGGACGCCAAACGGUAUUAUGUUUAUGUAAAGAACUAUGUAAUAAUGUACUAAAACUUGAACUAGUAGCAGUUUUAUAUUGACAAUAUAGCAAAACAAUUGUAUAUUAUGUAUUCUCAAUUGUAGCAGCGAGUUUUCAUAAAAUCUCAACUUCUAAUUAUAUAGCGGUAGCAUUUAUAUCAGGGUGAUGGAUGUGUCAAAAUGAGAUGAAUGUUAUAUAAAUUAAUGUCUUCAUCCUCUAGGGUGGAUGAGAACAGCAUAUUGUACAUAAAUACUUAAUAUUGGGCUACCGUAGUUGUACGAACAUAAAUGAAAUGAGCGCAGACCACGCAAAUCUUAUGCAAGUCGAAAGGUCAUACGAAAGUGGUAGCAAUCAGGAGAGAGGGUUACAAUUAGUUGCAUGCAUGUCACGUUUGUUGUACUCUGUGUAAUGUAAUGUGCGGGUAAUUAGUUUUGCCUCAUUUUUUCUUCUACUUUGUUGUACUAAUCCUAAAUCCUAAGUAUAUUAGCGAUGUCCUUCUUGGAAGGUCUAAAUUUACAAAUGUUUCAUAACUUUAUACACGAUGCCAAUCGUUAUUGGGUAUCUUCCCAUUCGAAUUUGUGACAUUAUAUUACGAUACACACAACACUCUGAUACUUCGAUAAUAAAGAGGGAAUAUGUACGAGUAUAAAACGACUCUAUUGAUAAAAGUCCUAAUAUAUAUACACUUGUAUAUAUAUACAGCCAAUGGAUAGAUUGAAUUCAAUGUACUACUGCUAUUGUGUAUGGUUGUGGAGGAACAAUUUUCCAGCAAAAAGUUAUUGUGACAACAAUGCGAAAGGUUUAUUUUACCAUUGAAUGACAGUCUAGUUAUAAUUUAAAUUGUUUAUUUAUUGGUACAGAUUUAUUACAACAACCAAAAAACCAAAAUAAAA